AUGCGUGCAGAGUCUGACCUGGAACUACUGAACAAAUUAGUCACUGAUCACAAUGUUCCUCCCAGUUUAAGAUUCGCGUUGUUGACCAGAUUGAGAUUUGCAAGGGCGUUCUCAUCUUUGGCUACCCGGCAGCAGUAUACAUGCAUUCGCUUAUAUGCUUUCAUUGUUUUGGUUCAAGCAAGUGGUGACACAGAGAAUGUUGUUUCUUUCUUUAAUGGCGAGCCCGAGUUUGUAAAUGAGUUAGUUACGCUGUUAAGCUGUGAGGAUACUGUUCCAGAGAAAAUAAGGAUCCUAUGCUUGCUUUCCUUGGUUGCACUAUCGCAAGAUCGAACCCGGCAGCCGGCUGUUUUAACUGCAGUCACCUCUGGAGGGCAUCGUGGUUUGCUAUCUGGCCUAAUGCAGAGAGCAAUUGAUUCUGUUAUUUGUAAUACUUCUAAGUGGUCUCUGGCUUUUGCGGAAGCCUUGUUAUCCCUUGUUACAGUCCUUGUUUCAUCAUCAUCUGGGUGUUCAGCCAUGCGAGAAGCUGGUCUAAUUCCGACCCUUGUGCCUCUCAUCAAAGAUAGAGAUCCCCAGCACUUGCAUUUGGUCAGUACUGCUGUGCAUAUAUUAGAAGCCUUCAUGGAUUACAGCAACCCAGCUGCUGCUUUGUUUAGAGAUUUGGGUGGCUUAGAUGAUACUAUCUUUCGGUUGAAACUGGAAGUCUCUCGUACUGAAGAUGAUGUGAAAGAAACAAGUUGCAGUUCAGAUAGUGUUGGGAGGGAAUCAGAUGUUGUUGGUGGCUCUCUUAAUCAGCCUGAUACUGAACAGCUUCCCUAUUCCGAAGCAUUAGUUUCGUAUCACAGGAAAUUGUUGUUAAAAGCCUUGCUACGUGCAAUAUCUCUUGGAACUUAUGCUCCUGGUAACACUAACCUCUAUGGUUCCGAGGAGAGCUUGCUGCCUGAAUGCUUAUGCAUAAUCUUCCGGAGAGCAAAAGAUUUCGGGGGUGGAGUGUUCUCGCUUGCUGCCACUGUCAUGAGUGAUCUCAUUCAUAAAGACCCCACUUGUUUCAAUGCUUUAGAUUCGGCUGGUCUAACUUCUGCCUUCCUUGAUGCUAUAUCUGAUGAUAUCAUCUGCUCUGCAGAAGCCAUAACAUGCAUUCCACAGUGUCUGGAUGCCCUGUGUCUCAACAAUAGCGGUCUCCAAGCUGUAAAGGACCGAAAUGCAUUGAGGUGUUUCGUGAAAAUAUUUACUUCUGCAUCUUAUCUGCGGGCUCUUACUGGCGAUACUCCUGGUUCUUUGUCAAGUGGGCUUGAUGAACUCUUAAGACACCAAUCUUCGUUGCGCACUUAUGGAGUCGAUAUGUUCAUUGAAAUCCUCAAUUCGAUGUUGAUUAUGGGAUCUGGGAUGGAGGCCUCCACUUCUAUGUCAACAGAUGUGCCUACAGAUGCUGCAACCGUUCCUAUGGAAAUUGAUUCUGAUGAGAAGAGCUUGGCCGUUUCGGAUGAGGCACAACCAUCUUCUGAUACUACUCCAGCAAACAUUGAGCAGUUUCUUCCAGAUUGUGUGUCUAAUGUUGCUCGUCUCUUUGAAACAGUUCUUCAGAAUGCGGAAGUAUGUUCCCUGUUUGUUGAGAAAAAAGGAAUUGAUGCUGUUUUGAAGCUAUUCUCUUUGCCUCUUAUGCCUCUGUCAACCCCUCUUGGUCAAAGUUUUUCUGUCGCUUUUAAGAACUUCUCCCCUCAGCAUUCGGCUAGUCUAGCCCGGAUAGUGUGCUCCUACUUAAGAGAACAUCUGAAGUACACAAAUGAGCUUUUGGUUUCCAUUGAAGGCGCUCAGCUUCUUAAAUUAGAGUCUGAGAUCCAGACAAAGAUUUUGAAAUCUCUUUCCUGCCUAGAAGGCGUGUUGUCCCUCUCUAACUUUUUGUUGAAAGGAACAGCUUCAGUUAUUUCGGAACUGAGUGCUGCUGAUGCUGAUGUACUGAAAGAACUUGGUCUAACAUAUAAGCAAAUGAUAUGGCAGAUGGCUUUGUGUAGUGAUGCCAAAGAAGAUGAAAAAAAGAGUGUUGAUCGAGGACCUGAUAAUUCAGUUUCAGCAUCAUCUAGUGUUGAAAGAGAGAUUGAUGAAGAUUCAAGCAACGCUCCUGCAGUUAGAUACACAAAUCCUGUAGCCAUUAGAAGCAGUAGCUCUCAGUCUAUUUGGGGUGGGGAUCGUGAAUUUCUCUCUGUUGUGCGUUCUGGCGAAGGUAUCCAUGGUCGUACACGACAUGCAAUAGCUAGGAUGAGGGGUGGGAGGACUCGUCGACACCUGGAGUCUUUUCAUUUUGAUUCCGAGAUUCCACCUGAUCUACCAGAAACGUCAUCUUCCCAUGAGCUGAAAAAGAAAAGCACCGACGUUCUCAUUGUUGAAAUUUUAAACAAGCUGAAUUUUACACUUCGGUUUUUUUUCACAGCCCUUGUGAAAGGAUUCACCUCCUCCAAUCGUCGCAGAAUUGAUGGAGGACCAUUGAGUUCAGCAUCUAAGACGCUUGGUACUGCCCUAGCUAAAGUAUUUCUCGAAGCUCUUAACUUCCAGGGCUAUGGUGCUACUGCUGGGCAUGAUAUCUCUCUGUCAGUAAAGUGCCGGUACCUUGGAAAAGUGGUAGAUGACAUCACUUACCUGACAUUUGAUACUCGAAGGAGGGUCUGUUUUCCAGCUAUGGUGAAUAGUUUUUAUGUCCAAGGAACCUUUAAGGAACUUCUCACCACAUUUGAAGCUACAAGCCAGUUGCUUUGGACAGUGCCGUUUUCUAUUCCUGCAUCUGGUACUGAGAAUGAGAAGCCAGGUGAAAGGAAUAUAUGGUCUCACAGUAUGUGGCUGGUAGAUACUCUGCAAAACUAUUGCCGAGCACUGGACUAUUUUGUUAACUCGACAUUUCUGUUAUCUCCAGCCUCCGCUUCUCAAACUCAGCUUCUUGUCCAGCAAGCUUCAGUUGGUUUGUCGAUUGGACUUUUUCCUGUACCAAGUGAACCUGAGACUUUCGUGCGAAAUCUGCAGUCCCAGGUUCUGGAUGUCAUACUGCCUAUAUGGAACCACCCUAUGUUUCCUGAUUGUAAUCCUAAUUUUGUGGCUUCAGUUACUUCCCUUGUUACACAUAUAUACUCUGGUGUUGUGGACGCUAGGCAAAAUCGGAGUGGGGUUAACCGGGGUACAAACCAAAGAGCCUUGCCUCUACAGCCUGACGAAGCCAUUGUUGGUAUGAUUGUUGAAAUGGGAUUUUCUAGGUCAAGGGCUGAAGACGCGUUACGAAGAGUUGGAACAAACAGUGUUGAAAUGGCCAUGGAGUGGUUGUUUAGCCAUCCUGAGGAUCCUGUGCAGGAAGAUGACGAUCUGGCUCAAGCACUUGCACUAUCUCUUGGAAAUGCAUCUGAAACUCCAAAACUUGAUGAUACAGAAAAGACUGUAGAUACUCCGCAGGAAGAAGCAGAGCCGAAAGAACCAUCUGUUGAUGAAGUUAUUGCUGCAUCGGUGAAGUUAUUUCAAAGUGAUGAUUCUAUGGCCUUCCCACUGAUGGAUUUGUUUGUGACACUCUGUAGCCGAAACAAAGGGGAAGAUCGGCCUAAAAUUGUGUCGUAUCUUAUUCAGCAAUUGAAGCUCGUACAACUUGAUUUCUCCAAGGAUACUGGUGCGUUGACUAUGAUACCACAUAUUUUAGCAUUAGUUCUCUCAGAGGAUGAUAACACACGAGAGAUUGCUGCACAAGAUGGUAUUGUGACUGUAGCAAUUGAUAUCUUGACGGAUUUCAAGCUUAAGAGUGAAUCUGAAAAUGAGAUUCUGGCUCCAAAAUGCAUUAGUGCUUUGCUUCUCAUCUUGAGCAUGAUACUACAGUCACGGACAGGAACCCCAUCUGAAAAUGUGGAAGGAAAUAAAAGUGGAUCUUUGGAGCCGACCGAGUCUCCUCUAGACUCAGCAGCAACUUUAAAGAAAGCGUUAUCUACAGAUGCUGCUAAAGGAGAGUCAAACGUGGCUUUGGAAUCGAUUUUUGGAAAAUCUACAGGCUAUCUGACCAUGGAAGAAGGUCAAAAAGCUCUGCUAAUCGCCUGUGGCCUCAUAAAGCAGCGUGUUCCAGCAAUGAUCAUGCAGGCUGUCCUUCACUUAUGUGCCCGUCUAACGAAAACACAUGCUUUAGCUAUCCAGUUUCUGGAAAAUGGAGGCUUAUCUUCACUUUUUAGUCUUCCGAAAAAAUGUUUUUUCCCUGGGUAUGACACUGUUGUAUCUGUUAUUGUACGACAUCUCGUUGAAGAUCCUCAAACUCUCCAAAUUGCUAUGGAAUCAGAAAUACGACAGACCUUGAGUGGGAAGAGGCAUAUAGGUAGGGUAUCACCUCGGACAUUCUUGACAACAAUGGCACCUGUAAUUUCUAGAGAUCCGGUGGUUUUUAUGAAAGCUGUGGCUUCUACUUGUCUGCUGGAGUCCUCAGGAGGGAGGGAAUUUGUGAUACUGUCAAAGGAAAAAGAGAAGCCAAAAGUUUCAGGCAGUGAACACGGAUUCUCUUUGAAUGAACCCCUCGGAAUAUCCGAAAACAAGCUUCAUGAUGGGUCAGGAAAAUGUUCAAAAAGCCACAGAAGAGUCCCUGCUAACUUCAUUCAAGUAAUUGAUCAGCUUAUUGACAUUGUCUUGAGUUUUCCUAGGGUGAAGAGGCCGGAAGAUGAUGAAACCAGUUUAAUUUCGAUGGAGGUUGAUGAGCCUUCAACUAAAGUGAAGGGUAAAUCAAAAGUUGGGGAACUGGAGAAAGCAGAACUUGGAUCUGAAAAAUCUGAAGAACUGGCCAGGGUAACAUUUGUCUUGAAGUUGUUGAGUGAUAUUGUUCUCAUGUACUUGCAUGGCACCAGUGUCAUACUGAGACGGGAUACAGAAAUAUCUCAGCUUCGGGGAUCUAAUAUACCUGAUGAUUCACCUGGCUAUGGAGGGUUAAUUUACCAUGUCAUUCAUCGAUUACUUCCUAUAUCUCUCGAGAAGUUUGUUGGGCCUGAAGAAUGGAAGGAGAAAUUGUCUGAAAAGGCUUCCUGGUUUCUUGUCGUGUUGUGCAGCCGUUCCAGUGAAGGGCGUAAAAGAAUAAUAAAUGAGCUUUCGAAGAUUUUAUCCGUGUUUGCUUCCUUGGGAAGGAGUUCUAGUAAAAGUGUUCUAUUACCUGAUAAAAGAGUUCUUGCUUUUGCUGACCUGGUUUAUUCAAUCUUGACGAAGAAUUCAUCGUCCAGCAACUUACCUGGGUGUGGUUGUUCACCUGAGGUUGCAAAAAGCAUGAUAGAUGGUGGAACAAUCCAGUGUCUGACCAGCAUCCUUCACGUGAUUGAUCUCGACCACCCUGAUGCUCCAAAGCUUGUCACUCUUAUCCUCAAGUCUCUCGAGACACUGACAAGGGCUGCAAAUGCUGCUGAACAGCUAAAAUCAGAAGGACCAAACGAGAAGAAGAGCACAGAUUCUAAUGAGAGACAUGGCACUCUUGGAACUUCAACUGAGGCCGAAGUUGAUGAGCUGAACCGAAGUAAUAGCAGUCUACAGCAAGUAACAGAUGCAUCGGCGAAUGGACAGGAGCAGCCUCCAGUUUCCUCUCAACGCGAAGGUGAAAGGAGUUCUAGUCAAACCCAGGAUAUGCCUCAGGAGAUGAGGAUAGAAGGCGAUGAGACAAUACUGCCUGAACCUAUUCAGAUGGAUUUUAUAGGAGAAGAGAUUGAAGGUGAUCAAAUUGAAAUGAGUUUCUAUGUUGAAAAUAGGGCCGAUGAUGAUGUAGAUGAUGACAUGGGAGACGAAGGGGAGGAUGACGAAGGAGAUGAUGAGGAUGCAGAAGAUGAUGAGGAUGCAGAUUUAGUGGAAGAUGGAGCCGGUGUUAUGUCUCUUGCUGGAACCGAUGUGGAGGACCCUGAAGACACUGGCCUUGGAGAUGAAUACCAUGAUGACAUGAUUGACGAAGACGAGGAUGAGGAUGAUUUCCACGAGAAUCGUGUAAUAGAGGUGCGGUGGAGGGAAGCUCUUGAUGGGCUGGAUCACUUUCAGAUACUUGGGCGAUCUGGUGGUGGAAAUGGUUUUAUUGAUGAUAUUACAGCUGAGCCGUUUGAAGGAGUGAAUGUGGACGAUCUGUUUGCUCUGCGGAGACCCUUGGGCUUCGAUCGUAGACGUCAAACAGGCAGAUCUUCUUUUGAUCGGUCUGGUGCUGAAGUACAUGGUUUUCAGCAUCCGCUCUUCUCCAGACCUUUGCAAACCGGCAAUACAGCCUCGGCUACAGCAAGUGUUGGCAGUAUACCCAGGCAUUCAGAAGCUGGCAGCUAUGAUGUAGCACAAUUUUACAUGUUUGAUACACCUGUUCUACCAUUUGAUCAAGUACCAGGUAAUCCUUUCAGUGAACGUUUAGGAGGUGGUGGGGCACCUCCUCCUUUGACAGAUUAUUCUGUUGUGGGCAUGGAUUCAUCAAGAAGAGGGGUUGGUGAUAAUCGGUGGACUGAUAUUGGUCAUCCUCAGCCAAGUAGCCAAUCUGCUUCAAUUGUCGAUUUGAUAGAAGAACAUUUUAUUUCCAACUUGCGUGCUUCUGCUCCAGCAGAUACAGUUGUUGAAAGGGAAACUAAUAGCACAGAAGUCCAAGAGCAGCAGCACCCGGAUAUUCAGCCAUCUGUUGGAAGCGAAACUGUUUUAGAGGAUGGCAACGAUGGGGGUCAACUAACUGAUGUAACGGCUGCAAACCCAGCUUCUUCUGUUGUCGGAGAUGCAGGUGAAUGUCAACAGCAGCAUGAAGUAAUACAGCCUCUUCCUCCGAACAGUACACCAAAUGAGAUUGACGGAAUGGAAAUUGGGGAUGGUGUUGGAGUACCUAAUGAGCAAGCAGACCUCGAAGCGGCGCAUCUUGUCUCGGCUGCCCAGGAUCAUCCUGAUACUUCCAGUAUUCAAAAUAUGUCUGUUACUGGGGCGCCUCUUCCAGUAGCUGAUCCUGAUUCUCAUUUUCAACCAAGUGUAGAUGUAGAUAUGAAUAGUGAUGGUGCAGAGGGAAAUCAAAGUGUGGAACCUUCAGUUUUGGCCAGUGACAACAAUGAGCUCUCAUCCAUGGAAGCUACACAAGAUGCGGGUAAUGAUGAACAAGUUGCUGAAGGUAGCUUGGACGGCGCGGCACAUGAAGCGAAUGCCAUUGAUCCUACAUUUUUGGAGGCGCUCCCUGAAGAUUUGCGGGCAGAAGUCCUUGCUUCUCAGCAAGCUCAGUCCGUUCAGCCUCCAACUUACGAACCACCUCCAGUAGACGGCAUAGAUCCUGAAUUUUUGGCAGCCCUUCCCCCUGAUAUUCAAACAGAAGUUCUUGCACAACAAAGGGCACAAAGGAUGGCACAGCAGUCCCAAGGACAGCCAGUUGACAUGGAUAACGCUUCAAUUAUUGCUACUUUACCUGCUGAUUUACGUGAAGAGGUUCUCUUAACUUCUUCAGAAGCAGUUUUGGCAGCUUUGCCAUCACCUUUGCUUGCGGAAGCGCAGAUGCUCAGAGACCGAGCAAUGAGUCACUAUCAGGCUCGUAGUCUUUUUGGAAGUAGCCACAGGCUGAAUAAUAGAAGGAAUGGUUUGGAUUACAAUAGGCUGACGGGGAUGGAGAGGGGUGUUGGAAUUACUAUGGGUCAGAGGGCUGUUUCAUCUUCUGCAGAUGGCUUGAAAGUAAAAGAGAUCGAAGGAGACCCUCUUGUGAAUGCUGAUGCCUUGAAAUCACUAAUCAGGCUACUACGACUAGCACAGCCGUUGGGAAAAGGCCUUCUGCAGAGGCUUCUAUUAAAUCUAUGUGCUUACAGUGUGACAAGAGCAAACUUGGUUCAACUUUUGCUGGAUACGAUUAGGCCAGAGAUGGACACAUCACCCGGCAAGUUGGCAGGAACUAAUCCUCAAAGACUCUAUGGCUGUCAAUCAAAUGUUGUUUAUGGACGAUCCCAGCUGUUGAAUGGUCUUCCUCCUCUAGUGUUCCGUCGGGUGCUUGAGGUUUUGACGUACUUGGCUACGAAUCAUUCGGCUGUUGCUGACAUGUUGUUUUACUUCGAUUCGUCACUGCUAUCCCAGUUGUCAAGCCCUAAACCUUCUGUAUGUGAGGGCAAGGGUAAGGAGAAAGUUACUCAUGUGACAGACUCACGUGAUCUGGAGAUACCUCUGGUUGUCUUCCUAAAACUGCUUAACCGGCCUCAGCUUUUGCAGAGUACAUCUCAUCUCGCGCUGGUCAUGGGUUUGCUGCAAGUAGUUGUCUACAGAGCAGCAUCCAGAAUUGAGGGUUGGUCUCCAUCAUCAGUCGUUCCUGAGAAAUUAGAAAACAAACCCAUCGGUGAAGAAGCUUCAAGUGAAAUACAAAAAGAUGCUGAAUCUGAGUUAGUGGAUGAAGCUGAGAUAUCUGAUGCAAGAAGGAAGAAUCGUGCUGACAUAUAUAACAUAUUCUUGCAGUUGCCGCAGUCCGAUCUCUGCAAUCUUUGUAUUCUUCUUGGUUAUGAAGGGUUAUCGGAUAAAAUUUACUCGUUAGCGGGAGAGGUACUCAAAAAGCUGGCCGCCGUGGAUGUUGCUCAUCGCAAGUUCUUCACGAAAGAGCUUUCAGAACUGGCAAGUGGUUUAAGUGCCUCAAUUGUCCGUGAACUGGCAACACUGCGCAAUACACAGAAGAUGAGUCACAGUACUGGUUCCAUGGCGGGUGCUUCAAUUCUCCGUGUUCUACAGUGUAUCAGCAUUACUGAGUCGCAGCUGGAUAAUACUGCAGCUGAUACAGCCGUGCCUAACGUGAACUCCGGAGAUCAUGUCCUAGGGAUUUCUCCUCCGUCCCCACUUUCUCCAGGAACUCAGAGGCUCCUACCUCUGAUUGAGGCUUUCUUUGUUCUCUGUGAGAAAACUCAAACUCCACCAAUACUACAGCAGGAUCAUGGGAAUGUGACAGCGGGAGAAGUAAAAGAGUCUGUUCUUAGUUCAUCAUCUAAAACCAGCGUAGAUUCUCAGAAAAAAACAGAUGGCUCUGUUACAUUUUCAAAGUUUGCGGACAAGCAUAGGCGACUUUUGAAUUCUUUUGUUAGGCAAAAUCCGAGUUUACUGGAGAAGUCCCUUUCAAUAAUGCUCAAGGCACCAAGGCUGAUUGAUUUUGACAACAAGAAAGCGUACUUCAGGUCAAGGAUAAGGCACCAACAUGGUCGACAGAUUUCUGGGCCAUUGCGUAUUAGUGUCCGCCGCGCUUAUGUGUUGGAAGAUUCAUACAACCAGUUACGUAUGCGCUCCCCACAGGAUCUGAAAGGACGUCUGAAUGUGCAGUUUCAAGGUGAGGAAGGUAUUGAUGCCGGUGGUCUUACAAGAGAAUGGUAUCAGUUAUUGUCAAGAGUUAUAUUUGACAAAGGAGCAUUGCUGUUCACUACCGUUGGAAAUGAUGCCACCUUCCAGCCGAAUCCCAACUCUGCUUACCAAACUGAGCAUCUAUCAUACUUCAAAUUUGUUGGUCGCAUGGUGGCGAAGGCGUUGUUUGAUGGGCAGCUUUUGGAUGUCUAUUUCACUCGUUCUUUCUAUAAACACAUACUUGGUGUGAAGGUAACCUAUCAUGACAUUGAGGCAGUGGAUCCUGAUUACUACAAGAAUUUGAAGUGGCUGCUAGAGAAUGAUUUGAGCGACAUACUGGACCUAACAUUUAGUAUGGAGGCAGAUGAGGAAACACACAUUCUUUACGAAAAGGCUGAGGUGACGGACUAUGAGCUUAAACCUGGAGGAAGAAAUAUACGGGUCACAGAAGAAACAAAACACGAAUAUGUUGAUCUUGUGGCCGGCCACAAGCUUACCAAUGCUAUUCGGCCUCAAAUCAAUGCCUUCCUCGAAGGCUUUAAUGAGUUGAUACCUCGUGAGCUCGUAUCCAUUUUCAACGACAAAGAGCUUGAGCUCCUAAUCAGCGGUUUGCCUGAGAUUGAUUUUGAUGAUCUUAAAGCCAAUACCGAGUAUACCAGCUACACGGCAGGAUCCCCUGUAAUUCAUUGGUUCUGGGAGGUCGUUAAAGCUUUUAGCAAAGAAGACAUGGCUAGAUUUCUUCAAUUCGUCACCGGAACGUCAAAGGUUCCUUUGGAAGGUUUCAAGGCUCUGCAAGGCAUUUCUGGCCCUCAAAGGUUACAAAUCCACAAAGCAUAUGGAGCUCCGGAGAGGCUGCCAUCAGCUCAUACAUGUUUUAACCAGUUAGACCUCCCAGAGUAUCAAUCUAAGGAACAACUUCAGGAACGCUUGCUACUUGCCAUUCACGAAGCCAGUGAAGGUUUCGGCUUUGCUUGA